AAAUCACAACCUUAGUAUUAUUUCCUCCUCUCUCUUCCCCUCCCUCCCUUCCCUCUUCGUCCCUCCUCCCCUCCCCCCCGCCGCGAUCGAGACGGCGGCGAAACCAACACCGGAAUCCGAGGGGGGAUCCGCCGCGGCUUCGCUACCCUAGCCCCCGCCCCUUCUCGAAUCCGCGCCCUAAAAUCCCCUUUGCCUCCCCACCCCACCCCCGGGCGCGCCGCCAUCCCCCCCCGCCCCCGCGAGCCCCUCCCGAUGGAUUUGGAUCUGUGGAUCUCUAAGGUGAAGGAGGGCCAGCACCUCGCCGAGCACGAGCUCCAGUCCCUCUGCGAAUACGUGAAGGAGAUCCUCAUCGAGGAGUCCAACGUGCAGCCAGUGAACAGCCCGGUGACCGUGUGCGGAGACAUCCAUGGGCAGUUCCAUGACCUGAUGAAGCUCUUCGCGACUGGGGGGCAUGUGCCCGAGACGAAUUAUAUUUUCAUGGGUGAUUUUGUAGACCGCGGCUUCAACAGUCUGGAGGUCUUCACCAUUCUGUUGCUACUAAAAGCGAGGUACCCUGCACACAUAACGCUUCUGCGUGGAAAUCAUGAAAGCAGACAGUUGACACAGGUGUAUGGUUUCUACGAUGAGUGCCAAAGGAAGUAUGGGAAUGCGAAUGCAUGGCGGUAUUGCACCGAUGUUUUUGACUACCUUACUCUUUCAGCAAUCAUUAAUGGCACGGUUCUUUGUGUUCAUGGUGGACUUUCUCCUGAUGUGCGCACUGUUGAUCAGAUUCGGACGAUUGAUCGCAAUUGUGAAAUUCCUCAUGAAGGUCCUUUCUGUGAUCUAAUGUGGAGUGACCCUGAAGAAAUAGAGACAUGGGCUGUUAGCCCUCGUGGAGCUGGUUGGCUUUUUGGAUCACGAGUGACAGCUGAGUUCAACCAUAUUAACAAUCUCGAUCUAGUUUGCCGAGCUCACCAGCUGGUUCAGGAAGGCUUAAAGUACAUGUUUCAGGACAAAGGCCUUGUAACUGUGUGGUCCGCUCCUAAUUAUUGCUACAGAUGUGGAAAUGUUGCUUCUAUACUAAGCUUCAGUGAGACAAUGGAAAGAGAGGUCAAAUUCUUCACAGAGACAGAGGAGAAUAACCAGAUGCGAGGACCGAGGACUGCUGUCCCAUAUUUCCUCUGACUUCAUCAAUUGUACAAUUUUAGAAGUCAUGUUUUUAUCUGUAAGGGUUAAAGAUGAAGCAGACCUAUUUAUUGUUGUAGGUCCAGGUCAUAGUGCAAUCUAAUGCGUAUGAUUUUUCUGUUCUUUUAACCACAUGUACAAUAGACCAUUUGGAGUGUCAUCACUCCUGUAUUCCUUCUGUGGCGUUGUCAAGUUUUGUUUCUGAUUUAUUUCGGGUCGACACAGUUUGCCACACAGGAGGUUUGGGCCGUUAUUGUGUUAUAUUUGCAGCUACAGCUUCCCACUCACGUGAUCA